CCUCUGCCCGACACAGACUUCGUCGCUUCUGGAGUCAUACGUAACAAUACUACUAAGCGGUUUAUUUUUGUACGAGCUGUGGUUUAUAAAUACCGUGUGUCAUGAUAGCCAUAAGAUUUAAUGUGUGUACUUUCUCAAGGAGUUUGCGUGUUUCUGAGCCUGUCCAGAGCUUUAGAGCGUUGACCUGUCGUUCAUCAUCCUCCAUCGCAGGACAUAAUAAUAAUAAUAUAAGUACGAAUAAUAAUAAUAAUCAUCAUCAUCAUAAAGACAUGCGGGUGAUGGAGGAGAUGCUGCGGAGGACCGUGUCUCCGUUACCGAAUUAUGAAACGAGAGAGAAAUCCCCUCCACCCCCUGACUCCAACAGUCUGGACUUCAUGCAUUUUUACAGAAACCUGGGGGAAGAGCAGAGACUCGUGUUCCUGGACCUGCUGUCCAAGGAGUAUGGGGUGGAUCACAGAGGAGCUUCGGAGAUGGCGCGGAAACUCGUCGAUACGCAGAUACGGGACUUGCCUACUAUAUUGCAGGCGGAAGACAGACUGCGUUACAGUUUAACCCCGAGAUAUAGACAUUUACUGAACCACAUUAGCAGGGUAGAGGGAGGGGUGAAGUUCCUGGUGGAUCUCCGAGCUGAUGUACUUGACUUUACCUCGAAAGUUACUGACAGUCCGCACCUGAGGGAUUUAAACAGCACUUUGAAGAGCCUCCUGUCCGAAUGGUUCUCUGUUGGGCUUCUCCGCUUAGAGAGAAUCACGUGGCAGUCCCCUUGUGAGCUCCUUCAGAAGAUCAGCCAGUACGAAGCGGUGCACCCUAUGCGGAACUGGACAGACCUAAAGCGCAGAGUUGGGCCUUAUAGGCGCUGCUACGCAUUCACACAUGCCUCCAUGCCCGGAGAACCUCUAGUGGUCUUACAUGUAGCCCUCACACAGGACAUAUCAGAUAACAUCCAGAGUAUCGUGAGAGAGUUCGCCACGUUGGAUGCGGUAGAAGAAGUGGAGAAGAUUAAUACUGCCAUCUUUUACUCCAUCUCAUCCACCCAGACUGGUCUGCAGGGGGUGGAGCUCGGCAAUUACCUCAUCAAGAGGGUGGUGCGAGAGCUGCAGAGUGAAUUUCCUCACAUGGCGCAGUUCUCCAGCCUCUCUCCUAUCCCUGGCUUCACAUCAUGGCUGCAGGGUUUCCUGGCUCAAUCCAAGAAGGAGGGUCGCGUGACCGAGCUGUUCUCGGAGCAUGAGUGGACAGAAGUGGAGGAGGCGACAGGAGCAGUUUCCGGCUAUGCGGCCAUCGAUGCCCUGCGUGCCCUCCUUGCCUCCGGUGACUGGCAUCGGUCCGAACGCUUGGCACGUGCUCUGGAACCGGUCCUGAUGCGUCUAUGCGCCUGGUAUCUAUACGGAGAGAAGCGGCGCGGUUAUGCUCUCAACCCCGUCGCCAACUUCCACCUCCAAAACGGCGCCACCCUCUGGAGGCUCAACUGGCACGCGGACACUAGCCCCAGAGGCAUGGCCAACUCGUGCGGCAUCAUGGUCAACUAUCGUUACUUCCUGCAGGAGACUGGCAUCAACAGCAAAGCCUACAUGCAUAGCAAAGUCAUCGCAGCUUCAGAGCAAGUGCUCAGCCUUGUCUCGCAGUUCCAGAAGAAUAGCAAACUCUGAACAGAUUAAUCAGAACAGUGGUUUGCAGACUGAAGAGUUUUAAAAUAAUAUUUGUUACAAAAUGUACUUUACAGGAAGCGAAUGCAAUUUUGAAGUCCUCUGUUGUUUAGGAGGUGAAUUGCAACUUCAAAUGGAAUUAAAAAAAAACAUAAUGAAAUAGCAUUUCUUCCAAGUGAGCUCGUCUACUCUGAACAGUACUGUGUAUGCCAUGUAAGAUGCUUUUUGAGAUAAAGAGGUAGAACUAGGCAUCUUUGUUCUGGCUGAGGGUUGAGUUAAUUUCCCCAAAAACUUGAAGAGGAACUUGAAUUGAAGUAAGAUUGUGUAAUUGAUAUUAUAAAUCGCAUUCACCAAGGAAGUAAGAAUAUUCAGACUGUGAAUAUUUAUUGGCCUUGGUUAGCCUAACCAAGUGGGAAAAGUAUAAAUGGGUACAUUAACAAGCCAAUGCCCAAACUCCAGCCACUGGAUGCAGUGCCGGUCGCAAGCCCGGAUAAAAUAGAAGGGUUGCGUCAGGAAGCCGAGUCAGUGCCGAGUCGUCUGCGGAUCAGAUGGUUGGCUGUGACGACCCCCUAACAGGAGCAGACGAAAGACUAACAACAACAAGGAAGUGUAUAGCAAACAACAUUGUAGUCUAAAAUCCAAAAUCUUGGAUUAUUGAUCCUAAAGCACAUUAAAUAUUUCUGUGCAAAUAUUUCUCGUGUUCAUGUUGUAUUUAAUUUUUUAGUCUCAUAAUAAUGAGAAAUUCAAAGUGAAACUAGUACAAAAAUAAAAUUAUUAAGACAGCAAAGAGUUCCAUAGCGCAGUGUAGCUAUAUUAUAUAGUUAGGUGCAGACAAAGGCAUGGCGGAGAGACUCAAAGUGCAAAUUGACGAGCACAAUGGUGUUGACUGCGGUAUUAUCAUGAAAGGUGGCCCAUUGGAACCGUGUCUGCUUGAGUAGCGUGUACACUAGACCAGGAGAUUAGAGCGCUGGGCAGGCUAAAGGACUAAAGCAUGGCCGCAUCGCUGCCUUCAGGUAGCAAUGAGUUCCCACUGAGACCACUAUUAGCUGGUAGUUGAAUACCAUUUUGGGUAAUGGACAAGCUGACAUGUUGAGAUAAGUGGGUUUAGGGUUGGAUUUUUCUUUUAAAUUGGUUACCACAGUAGGGUAUAUGAAAAGUCGCUUUAAAAGCACCCCCAACCCCAGUAAGAGGUUGAGAACGUGCUCAUUUAAUCAUGAUUUUAAGCAUUAUGCCAGCAAGCCACUGAUGGUUCUAGUAACUUGGCAACAGAGGCUUGAGAGAGCCAAGUGUGGAGAUAUCAGCGUCAGACACGUGCACUUUAAAAAGUCCUAAUGUAUGUUUCAUAUAAGGUGCGUUUAAAUAUUGUGCACUUUAGAUGUAUUAGAUAAUGAUCAAUAAAUGUUGUAAAAUCCAUUUUAGUUCAUUCAAUCCUGCUUGUGCUGUUUUUUUUUUUUGUUGUUGUUGUUUUUGCUGUUUCCCAGCGCCUACACAAGUAUUAUUUUCCUGCAUACUUGUUCCGUGAUUUUGAAAGACUAGGAGUAAUGAAGUGAGAAGAAUCUAUCAGACCCUGUCAUGUCCCUGCUUCACAAUGUGCGUUAGAGAGAAUGAGGCAGAGCGGGUGGGCGGAGCCUGCUGGAAUAAAUAAGGCUUUGAUUUCGUUAUAAGCGUGAGGCCCAUUAGUGUGGAAAGCUUGCGUGCUUUUUGUGCCGUUUUUUUUUCCCCCCUCGUAUAGCAAGUGGGCUCUGAUGGAUAAGUGAACAAUUCAUAGGAAUGUGGUUUCGCCAAAGUAGAUUUAUGUACAUAUUGAUUCAUUUGUAAUGAACAAUAGUCUGCAAUCACCACGUUUAUUCGCUCAUUUCUCUCGCCUAGCUAACACUAAAUGCUCUCAGUGCUUGAUGAAUAUUAGAUUUGGGAGAUAAAUUGUAAUGUAUCUAACAAUAAAGUAAACCAUCUGAGCAGGCAAACACAUUUGUAUCGGCGUUCGAUGACAUCCAUGACGGCCCUUCUUUCUGUGUUCGGAAAGAUUUAACGCUCUCAGGCCGUCUUUAUUCCUCCUCCUCAUAUGGAGGCUGACAGGACGGCGGCGCUCGCAUAUCUGUUUUCACUCUAUUGUCCUGUAAAAAUGUAUCAGUUGACUGUGAAAUUGAAUUUCUCGUCCUGUCCCUUGAGCUGCACUGCCCUUGAAAGGAAUAAAGUUUGAAAUAAAGUAAAAAAAAAUAAUAAAAAUCAAUCGAUACACUUACGAUAUUCACUCAAAGGAUGAACAAGGUGGCAGAAAGACAGUGUUUUAAGGAGUCCUUUAGGGAGCCUCUCCUAUAGGGAAGGGAUGUGAUGAAGGAAUGUAAAGUUGCAGGAUAGUGCUGUUACAGUGCACUUCAACACAUCAAGGGCUUCACUGAGAGGUGGAGUUACUAUGGUUACUGCCAGGAUACUCCAUUUCAUAUCCUUUAUUCCACCUUUUACAUCAAUUUGUCCUAAUGCGAGGCCAAUUUCUAUGUACGCUGAUGCGGCUUCAUCCAUCCCGAGUGGUUCCGAGACGAUUUCCGUGAUAUUCCAGAGCGUGAUCAAGUGAUAUCGAUGCUCUCGCCUUCUCUGUCGGAUGAGGAUUGCACAGCUCUGUUAGUGAAUUGCUAGAAAUGCCAGUGAAUUCUGUCUGUUAUUGCGGCAUGAACAGAUGUGUAUUUGGGUAAAUCCAUGGCAGCGUGCUGCACAUCAGAGACUGUAGCUGUAUUGUAGCCUAACAGAUCAGUUGCGGAUCCAGACAGCGGUGCUUGAGAGGGAAUCGGCUUAUUUGAAGUAGAGUGGUGGGGAAAAGGAGGUGUUUUCCUUUGCUUUUUCCCUCAAGGAUUACUAUGGCUGUCAUUCAGAGGAAAACCGUCUCUUUUUCAUACACAAAAUCCUGCUGAGAGUUAAUAAUGAAAGCUGCUUACUGAAAAAUUUGUGCAUAUUUUUUUUCUUUCCUCCAAACAGACUACGAACUUCAAUACUGAUUCUAAGCUUCUGCUUUAUAAAUAAGUUAUUAUGUCUUCAAUAUGGGUUAGAAAGGUUUUUCCCCAGAUGUUAAAAAGGGUAACAUUGGUAGGUUGUGAUCGAAGUGCAUGUUGAUAUGUGUGGGGGUAAUUGGGAUUUUGUUCAUGUCUGUUAAAUUAGUAAUAAUACUUUUGUUCAUCCACUUGUAUCUUUCAGAUGGCUGUGAAACAUGUACAGUACAUUACAGAAAACAAUA